CUAAAAGGUUAUUUUUGUGUACGGGUGCAUCUGCUUAUUUUAGAGGAGAUAGUAGCCCGCUUCCUUCCCAGGGCUGUCCAUCACGGCGCGCAAUUGCGCAGCAAAGAACCCCUGAGCGCUCCUACCAGUGUCAUGACCAGGAGAAAAAAAAAGAAAAGAAAACUACUGCAGCACAGCAAGAGAACAAGCCUUCUGCUGUGACCCAAUUCUUGGAAAAGAGACUUUCAAAUUUUCUGCACAAUGAAUUGAACAGUCUUUGCAUUUUUUUUUUAAUUUUUUUUUUUGCGACCUAAUCGUUUUAAGAUAUUUCUUCAAAAGGAUCACUUCGUUUACUGAAGACAUUUGCAUCAAGAGGACGGAUUUGGAGCCAUAAGCGUUUGAAUUCACGAUGACAGUCCCCAGCAGGACUGUGGAUGCGCUCUCGGCAAGUCUGGGUGUUUAAGAGCCAGCAGCACCAUGGACGCAGGGGACGCCGCCGCCGCCGUGCUGCUUUUGGGGGUUAUAGUCGUGUCGCUGCUGUCCAACGUCGUGGUGCUGAUCUGCUUUCUGUACAACCCGGAGAUCCGCAAGCAGGUGCCCGGUCUUUUUAUUCUCAACUUGACGUUUUGCAACCUGUUGCUGAGCGCGUCCAACAUGCCACUGACGCUGGUGGGCAUCGUCACCGCGGGCCCCCCCGGAGGAGGCAGGGGCCUCUGCCAGACCGUGGGGUUCCUCGACACUUUUCUCACCACAAACUCCAUGCUCAGCAUGGCAGCGCUCAGCAUCGAUAGGUGGGUGGCGGUGGUGUUCCCGCUCAGCUACCACUCGAGGAUCAGGCACCGGGAUGCCGUGCUGGCGCUGGGAUACACGUGGGUUCACUCCCUGUGCUUCUCGGCCGUGGCCAGCUGCCGCUCCUGGGUGGGCUUCCACCACCUGUACGCGUCCUGCACGCUGUGCAGCGCCGGGGCCGGGGCCAGGGGGGCCGCCGGGACGCACUUCAUCGUUUUCACCGUGGCUUUGCACUCUCUCACAUUCCUCCUCACGCUGAUCGUGAUGUGCGUGACGUAUCUGAAAGUCCUCAAAGUUGCGAGGUUUCACUGCAAGCGCAUCGAUGUGAUCACCAUGCAGACGCUGGUGCUGCUAGUGGACAUUCACCCCAGCGUACGCCAGAAAUGCUUGGAUGAGCAGAGGCAGAGGAGGCGGAGAGCCACCAAGAAGAUCAGUACCUUCAUCGGCACAUUUGUGGUGUGUUUCACACCAUAUGUCGUUACAAGAAUCAUGGAGCUCUCCUCCCCAGGGCCCAUAAGCCCUCACUGGGGUGUCAUGUCCAAAUGUUUGGCCUACAGCAAGGCAGCAAGUGACCCAUUCGUCUACUCUCUGCUGCGUCAUCAGUACAGGAAGACCUGCAGCCAUCUCGCAAAUAAAAUCCUCAAGAGGAGCCCCCUCAACUCUUCCUCCCUCAGGACAGACAACAACCCAAGGAGGAGUGAAACCACCUCCAACACAACCAGCAACAGUCAGCCACCACUGAAUAAAUUGCUCGGCCAGUGACACCCAUCCCGUUCAGAGACGAUCUUUCAACGUGUGCAGUGCAGGACUGGAUGGAGUUCUCUGUGAUGGUGAAACAUUAAAGCAAACAACGAUUGUUGCUAAAAAAUAAACAAGGCUGGCAAUUUAUUUAUUUUUUAUUGCCAACAAAAUCCACUGAAAGGUCAGAAACAAUGGGUUAAUAUGUCUCUUCUGACUUUGCCAGCCUUUCUCAACGCACUCAGCUGAAUGCUAAUUUGUUCCUGCCAGCGGCGUCAUUUUUGAAAAUAGGUCACAAACACACAGUUUUUAGAAGAAAGGUAAGUAAUCUCUGAAUGAAACAACUUCAAGUCUGCACUUUCUGUAAAUAUCCCUAAAAGCAUAAGUGUAUCAAAGGGUGGCAGCCUCAGUGCCUGUGUUCAUUGUAACAACGGAGCAUGCCAUCAAGUGCAGAAUAUCACAUUUGUAAUACUUCGUUGUUAUUGGUCUGUGGCAUCAGUUGAUUCAAAAGUGUAGAAUGUCAGAAGCCUUAACCUUGAAAAAAAGAGUUGUGAGACACUUUUGCAGCUUGUGGGCAGAGGUUGUAAUGGGAUCAAGAUGGUUUUGUAGCAUGGUGGGACAUUUUUGUCAAACAAAUCAUGUAACAGAAAGCAACACUAUGGUCACCAAUGGGUUAAUUGUGUCACAAAAUCAACCAAAUGCAGGGCACAUGUGUCUCUCCAAGUUCAGAACAAAGAGAGCAGACGUGCAGGACUAUUUUCAUACCUCAGUGUGAUAUAUUUAUGGUUAUGUGAUCUAAAAAAAAGGACAGUGAUUAGACUUUUUAAAUGUAUUAUGUUUUGUAUUGUAAUUGAAAUGAAUAGCUGUAUUUCUUGAAUAAAACUCCUGUCUAACUUCUGACCUCAGUGACAGUUAUUUAGCUGGAUGAAUUACUGUACAUGUUUAUGAUCAUCAUUUUUCACAGUACAGUGGUUGUAUCAUGCACCACACUGAUGGUUUUAUGGAAAUUAUUGUAUGUUGUAACAAUGAGGCCUGAGUUAUUUAAGUGCCUUUUAGACAUUGGAUUUUAAUUUAAUCAAAAGUCAAAUCUUUCUGUCAACUUUCUCAGUAUUUUCUGUGAUGGUGAAUUGUAUUGAUGAGGCCAGUUUGUUUAUGAAGUAAUGUUUAUUUUGUAAUGCCACCUCAUUGUGUGAACACAUCAGAUGGAGUCGGUUCAAAUGGUUAAAUGUAGUAGCAGCUAUUCAGUAAUGUGCAAUUAACAUUAAAGAUUAUGUCACAAGAGGGAAUAUGUGACAUCUGUGUUGUAGAAAGAGUCACUUGACAACACUGGCAAAGUCGGGGUGUUGUGUUAUUAUUUUACUGUGACAGAAUGAAGCCUUUAAAAGGCAUAAAGUCUAUUUAUUUUUG